AUGUCCGCUCCUCCGCCCAUGAGCGGUGCCAACACCGAGAAGCCGCCAGUCGGCCAGCCGGCGGCAUCUGAACAAACCCCAGGCUACAACCCUGCCAACCCCUCAUUCACCGGACCCCAGAGGGUCGAGUCCGACAUCUACAACACUGAAGACAACAAAGCGUCUUCCACGACCCACCCUGGCUAUGCUGCAGGACAGACGCCAGCCGCCGCCCCGGCCGGCGCCCCGGCCGCUGCUGCAGAAGCAAAGCCGGCGAAGAUGGGAUGGGCAGAUAAGCUCUCUGCUUUUGGCAAAAAGCAUACCACUCCGGCCCCGGCCGCCGGUGCUGUGGACGCCUCUGGCCAGCAAAAGCCGGCAAAGAUGGGUUGGGCCGAUCAGCUCACGUCGUUUGGCAUGAAGGCUGCCGGUCCCAUCAAUGCGUUUGCGAACAAGAUGGGUGCCGAGGCUUUCCUGCCAGACACUAUGGACAAGGAGUGCGAGAAGGCGGCGAGGAUCCUCCGCGCUUUCUGCAAAGAGGGCGUCUACACCGACACUGCUACGCUACCGGCCCCCGCCACACAGCCCAAGCCCGAAGCCGGCACGACAGCAGCCCCGGGCAAGGAUGCAGCUUCCAAGAUCAAGAAGGACCGCACACUCCUCCACAUCCCUUCCAAGGUCAUCUCGCGGGCGGUGGGACUGGCCAUUUUUACCACGGCCCGUAUGGGUUACAUGGCCACUGGAGCAACAGGCUCCGGAGUGCUCAUCGCCCGCCUCCCCGACGGUCGGUGGUCUCCUCCGAGCGGCAUCCAGGUGCACACUCUCGGAGCAGGGUUUGUGAUUGGAGUAGACAUCUACGACUGUGUUGUCGUCAUCAACACGAAGGAGGCGCUCGAGGCCUUUACCCGCACGCGCAUGUCGCUCGGCACAGACCUGGCAGUAGUCGCAGGGCCUUGGGGCGCUGGAGGCUCUGUGGAUGUCGCUGCGCCCGAGGGAGACUUCCUCAAGAAGAAGGACAAGGACAAGGGCAAGGAGGCAGCCGGUGCCCAGCCCGCCCAGCCCGGCGCCGCCCCUGACAACCUCGCCCCAGGAGCAGGUCAACCGCCGGUCGUCCUUGAAAAUCCCUCAGGAGGAAAGAGCGGCAGCAAUUCUCGUCAGCCGUCGCCGUUCCGCCAGAACAUGAAGCCAGUGUACAGCUAUGUCAAAUCACGUGGUUUCUAUGCCGGCGUGCAGGUCGACGGCACUGUCGUGACGGAGCGCAAGGACGCCAACGCAGCGUUCUAUGGAGUGCAGGGCGUUACAGUCUCGCAGAUCCUGAAGGGCGAAGUUCCGCACGUGGCUGGCACUGCCUGGGAUAAGCACGCCAAGGCGCUGCACGACAUCGUGCGUGGUGCCGAGGGCUUCACUCCCGGUGACCAGAUGGAGCCUCCUUCGGCGCUCAUGAGCCAGAUGAACGUUGGUGGCGGUGCGGCAGCGCCCGUUUCUUCACACGCCGUUCCCGGUGCUCCCCCUACCAAGGCACAGGAAGCAGGCUAUCAGGUUCCACCGCCGCCGGCAUCUACCAUGGAUCCUCCCGGCAGCUCGGCGGCACCAAUCGCCCCGACUGCUCCUCCUUCCAUGACCACCUUCCCACCUCCUCCGCCGGGACCCCCUCCGGCAAACACCGGGGCGCCUGCUGCUCCUCCGGCCGAGAUGAACUGGAAAGAGCGCGAGGCAGCAGCUGAGGCAGCAGCCGCUCAGGCAAGCGCCUCUCAGUCGGGUGCGCCUCCAGGAUACUCGGAGCUUGCUGCACCUGGCGGGAACACGGGAUCGGGAUCGACAGCGCCGCCACCUGCGUAUGUGGAUGAUGGACAGCCAAAACCGGGUGUGGGAGAUAGCAAAACGGGACAUUGA